GGCUCACCGGUCUAUAGUUGUUCGUGGAGUGACUAUCGCCCUUCUUGAAGAUAGGACUCAGCGUUUGUAGGGAAGGAAUCCACUACAGUGUUCUUAUUACAAAUUUAAAAACAGAUUAUCUCGAUGAGUACCUGAAAGAAAGUUUUUGUUGGUUACUUAACUAACAUCUCACGUACAGCCGGUAAAGGACUCAAACCCAUAAUAACUGUACUAAAUGGACUUACUGUUAACCAUUGUUCAUAAACACAUGCUGUCUAUGUAUAAGAUGAAUUAAUGUGAACGGCACUGAAGGCGGCCAGUGUUUGUUGUGGUGCUGCCUGGUGCAACACGUUACUUGGCUCAGCUUUAAUUAUUAAGCAAGGAACGCAUAGGUCUACAGAAAUAAUACGCAGGAACAUAGCUGAGCCUGGUUGACUUAUUGUAAAUACACUGGGCAGUCGCUGGGAAAAAUUUGGUUAUGCAGCCAUGGCUAUCUCACAUGGUAAUCUUUUGAAAAAACCUCAAGUUGUUGAAGAUAUAUUGGAGUCUGAAGAUAGUGGUAGUGAUGAAGAAUCAGGAAAUGGUAGCGAUGUGGAAGCUGAAGCAGAAUUACAUAGCUUAGAAGAUAUUAAGCAGGAAGAGGAAGGUAUUUUAAAAGGAACGGUAGAGGAAAUACUUGAAUUGGAUGAUAAAGAGCAUAAAGCACAGGACCAUAGUAGCUGUGAUGAGAUAAAGGAAGAGGAUGUCAGUGAUAAUGAAGAUGACAGUGUAAAUAAUAAAUCCGUUCCAACAGAGGAAUCUCUGAAAACUAUCGGUGCAGUGGAAGACCCCAGUGAUGAAUCAGAGAUGGACUCUGGUGACAAUGAUGAUAAUGACAGUGAUGCAAGUGAAGUUUACAAGGAUGAUUUUGGUGGUGAUGAAAGUGAAAGUGGUGUUGAAAGUGAUGGAGAUAAUAACAAGGAGGAUGGCAGCUCAGGGCUUGCAAAUGUGAUGACUAGGAUCUUGGGAACAAAGAAGUCAGACAAUGUGAUUUUAUCAAAAGCAAAGAAAAAUGAGAAAAUUACAAAGCCAGUUGAUGACGCGAGUGGUGACAGUUUUGAGGUCGUCGACGACAGCGGAAAAGUAAAGAAAGAACCAAAUAUUAAGUUGGAGAAUGAGGACCAGAAAGCCACAGAAACAUUACACGAGAGAGAGUUGCGGAAAAAAAUUUGGGAAAAUAGGUUCAGAGUGAAACCAAACGUAAAAGAAGACCGGGAGAAAGAGAGACGUCUCAGGGUGUUGGCUACACAGGGUGUAGUGCAGUUGUUCAGUGCCAUUGAAAAACACAAGAAUAUGAUCCAGCGGAAACUAUCAGAAACUCGGAGUAUUAUGGGACGUGAAAAAGUAUUAGAGACUACUGGCAAAGAAGCUUUCUUAGAAGUUUUGAAGCAGCAAGGAGAAAAGGUUAAUGCACCCCAGGAAGAGGAGUCUAUUAAAUCGGAAAUCAAAGAAGAACUAGUGGAUCUACCACCUAAGAAGAAACCAAGAUGGAGUGUGCUGGCAGAGAACUUCUACAAGGAGCCUACACUACAAGGCUGGGACCAACAAAGUGACGAUGAAAGGUAAACUGGUGUAAGGUUGUCGAUAAUAACGUUGUUGAAGGAAGCUUUAUUUAAUUAUAAACAUAUUCAACUUGGUACACAUAUGUUUUUCAUUCAACUUAGAGGAUAAAUCACACAGACCUUAGAAUCCCCAUCGUAACCGAAUGAUUAACUCAAUUGAUGCGAUUCCCACACCCUAUGCAGUAAACAAUGCCAGUGCAAUGGCCACACCAUAUGCGGCUAUAAAUUUUCCUGCCCAUACCUUGAAUCUUACUGCUGAUUGGUUUGCUGGCAUUUAGGGAGGCAGUCAUGACCCACAAAUUAGCUCUAGGCCUGCCAGUUUCUUCUUAGUCAUGGCUGAGAGUAGAUGAGUAUCCAAGCAUCCCUGUCAUGGUCUGAGUGUCUUAAGAAAUUAAGGAAGGAUUGUGAUUGUUUGGUAAUGAAGAUAUGGAAGACCCUGGAUACGAUAAUAGUAAUGUGUGUGUGUGUGUGUAUUUAUGCAAGUGUAUAUAGUAUACAGUAAUCCCGUGUUUUUUGCGGGAAUACUCUUUUAGGAAUCACUGCACCUGUGACCACCAAGCAGCUCAGGUAGGUCAUGCACUUAACCACGCCAUGCUCUCUACUCAUGGCCCAGUGGUCACACUGAUCACUGAUGCACUGUACUGGCAUUUACUAACAUCAUUACUGUAUUUGAAGCUAAUCAUAUUGUAGUAUAAUAAUGAAAAAAUGUAAACACAGUUAUAUACAAUACAUAGUGAUUUAUAUCUUACAUGAUAUGACUAUGGCUA